AACAUCAUCGUAAAGACGUCGGAACUACCACACCUCCAAUCGCCAUGCAGGCCUUCCGUAGAAGCGCAGCUAAGGCUGCGCAGACCGCUCGCGUCUCCCUCCCCCGCCAAUCGCGCCGCUGUGCCCACGAUGCCCACCACGGCGCCCACGACGUCGCGUACCCGGCCGACGAACCCUUGGGCAAAGCCUUUUACCUCCUCGCCGGUGGUGUUCCUCUCGCCGCCAUCAUCUACAAGGUGGCCGGCGCCAACGCUGGUGACGACAAGCUCUGGUUCACGCGCUUUGUCAACUCCUACAACUACUACAAGGACAUCUGGGCCGAUCGCAACAGGCUCCACGUCGAAGCUCUCGAGGCCGCGGCCCACGACCGCCACCUGUUCUUCAACUCGACCGCGAGACGGCACGUUGACCUGAACUUCCCCGAGGCCUUCAACACGGGUUCCCCCUACAACGUCCCCGCUGGUUCUCAGGCCGACCUCAGCAAGGUCAUUGCCCACUACGAGAAGCAGAACUUUGAGGAGCAGGCCAGGAAGCUCGAGGCUUUGGCGAACGGUACCCUUAAGGCGGAGCAGUCGGCUUCUGGCAUUGGCAAGAACCCCCCGAACCCUUAGAUGCAAUGUACCAGUAGAAGAGUUGCUGAGGGUUGUAUAUAUCCGGUUCAAAUGCCAUCCGCGUUUAAAGAGACCGCGCCUGGCCGUGAGUCUGAGCAAUUGGAUUGUUAGGAGCC